CUAGUGUCUAGUGUCUAGUCCUCAUUUCCGUCUACUUCUGUAACCCCUCAGACCCUCACAAAAUCCCUGGUUUCCCCAAAAUUUUGUUGAGAUUUCUAACAAAAUCAACCAAAAAGAUGAAGCUCAAGCAAUUAGAAGGUCUCCUUGGAAAUCUUGAUCAGUUUGCAAAUCCAAAGAUUGAACUUGAACAAUACCCAACUGGUGCUCACAUUGCUUCCCGGAUGCUAUACACUGCAGAGAAUUCAUUUGGGGAUGUGAGUGAUAAGGUGGUGGCUGAUUUUGGUUGUGGGUGUGGCACUUUAGGAAUUGCUGCUGCUCUUUUGGGUGCUGAUCAUGUUAUAGGUUUCGAUGUGGACACGGAUUCCCUUGAAAUAGCAUACUCAAAUGCAGAAGAUUUAGAGUUGGAUGUAAAUUUUGUCCAAUGUGACAUCGGGAACUUGGAAUGCAGAGGAAAAAUCAUUGAUACUGUUGUGAUGAAUCCUCCUUUUGGAACCCGCAAUAAGGGAGCCGACAUGGAGUUUCUAUCUGUAGCUUUGAAGGUUGCAUCUCGAGCAGUAUAUUCUCUGCACAAAACGACAACAAGAGAUCACGUGAGAAAGACGGCCUUGCAAGACUGUAAUGCUAGAAGUGCAGAGGUUUUAUGUGAGCUUCGAUACGAUGUCCCCAAACUCUACAAGUUUCAUAGGAAAAAGGAGGUUGAUAUUGCAGUGGACCUCUGGCGAUUUGUGCCCGCAAAGGCCGCUGGAAAUGGUGGUUUAUGUCGCUGAUGGACGCAAUUUCACUGCCUGUAAUUGUGUAACUCGUGUUGGCGAGUUGAAAUCUCUAAAUGACUCCCAAUUAUUCAGAAAAUUGUUAGUAUCUGGUAGCAUGUAAAGACAGAAAUUUCACUUUUUAAAAUGUGUCAAGACAAAGCAACUAGGAGAUGUACAUGUUAUCUCUUGUAAUAGAAUCCUUGUUCUUUUUCCA